AGUCGCUAAAGACCGUCCGUCGAAUCUCCGGCCGAGGCAGUGAAAAUCCGAAGGAAAACAGAAAGACGUCGACGGGUGUGGUGGUGUCUGCAUGGCAGCUGCGGCGAACGAAAUGGAUUACACAAACUUUCCUAACCUAUCGCUUAUUGAAUCACCGAACCGAGAUGCGUGCCUGGUGCUGAACAAGACAAAGAUUCUCAUCAACCUGUACGAAGGCAUCCCGGAAACGCUGCUGCUGAACGUGAUAGCGUGGUUCUUUCUGAUACUGCUGUUCACGCUGCUGCGCCAGCAGGCCUGGGACUAUGGGCGCCUGGCGUUGGUCAACAGUCACGGCGAAAACAAGCGCUGGACGCAGCUUUUCUACGCUCAUGGCAAUGUGCCCGGAGGGGGAAGCGGGGCGAGCGAAACGUCUGACACACUCAACAGUCUUAGCAUUGAUCGGGGCUUUUUCUCGUGGAUUGUGGCCACGUUUCGGCUGACCAAGGAGCAAAUCCUUACGCACAGCGGCCCGGACGCGGUGCACUACCUGUCAUUCCAGCGGCACCUGAUGCUGGUGAUGGGCAUCAUGACCGUCAUCUCGAUCGCCAUCAUCCUUCCGAUCAACUUUGCCGGUACGUUAAGCGGCGACAAGAACUCUUUUGGGCACACGACCAUCUCGAACCUCGAGCCCGACUCGCCGUCAACAUGGGCACACGUCCUGUUCGCGAUCGCUUACGUGCCAAUGGUAAUGCUCAUCAUGCGCCGCGCUUCCGGCCGGAAUGCCUUCAAGACGGCUCCGACGCGCACGAUCAUGGCAACCAAUAUUUUGCAAGGUGACUGUAGCAAAACGGUGGUGCGCACGUACCUCACGCAGCUCUUCCCGGACGUUACGAUCGAGGACAUUCAGCUGGCGUACAACAUAUCGAGUUUGAUCAAGGCGGCCGAAGAGUACGAGCGCACUGUUGAAGCGAGGAUCUACUGCGAGGCGCACCGCACUCGCGACGCGAUCGAAGCGAAACCGUCCUGCUUCAGCUGUGAGAAGGUGGACGCGCUCGAGUACUACAAAGACGUGGAAGCGCGCCUAGCGGGAGAGGUUGCGCGACUGCGGGCGUCAGCCCUCAAUGAACCGCUCGGUAUUGCGUUCGUGACGCUCAACUCGGCCCACGAAGCGCAGCACGUGAUGCUACACUUUAAGCCGGGCACGUAUCGCGAGUGGAACCUCUCGUUUGCCCCGGCACCGUCGGACAUUUUCUGGGAGAACCUCAACAUCGACACCGCUCAGUGGUACUGCAAGUGGGCGACAGUGAACUUUGCCCUCUUUCUGUUCCUCUUUUUCCUCACUACGCCCGUCAUCAUCGUCAAUCAGCUCGAUACGUUUUCGCUGACGAAGAACACCACGACGCAGAUCAGCAAAAUCAGUCCACUGGUGUCGGAAUUCCUGCCGACGCUGCUGCUCUGGUCGCUGUCGGCCUUAAUGCCCGUCAUUGUGGCGUACUCGGACACGUGGCUGUCACACUGGACACGCUCGCGGCAGAACUAUCUCAUCAUGACCAAAACGUUCGGUUACCUGCUGUUCAUGAUAUUGAUACUGCCGUCGCUGGGGCUUACGAGUGCCCAGGCGCUGCUGCAGUGGACGAUCGAAUCGAACGAAACGUACCGUUGGGAGUGUAUCUUUCUCCCGGACAAGGGGGCCUUUUUCGUCAAUUACAUCAUCACCGCCGCCUUCAUCGGCACGGCACUUGAGCUGAUUCGCUUUCCCGAUCUCAUCUGCUACCUGUGGAAGCUGGCUACAGCAAAGUCCCGCGCCGAAACACCAUUCAUUCGCAAGUCGAUCCUGAUUACGUUCCCGUUCGGCAUACACUACGCGUGGAUGGUGAUGGUGUUUACCACCAGCACCGUCUACAGUCUCGCUUGUCCGCUGAUCAUGCCGUUCGCCAUGGUUUACAUCACGCUGAAGCACUUUGUCGAUAAGCAUAAUCUGUUCUUCGCGUUCGCCCCGUCCAACAUGAUCAGCCAGGGGAGCGGGGGCAAGAUCCACAGCACCGCCGUGACCAUGACCAAAUUUGCGGUCGUGCUGCUGCUGCUCAUUAUGGCGGCCCUAGCGACGGUGCGCACCGGAAGGGUUGAGCUGCGCGGUGUCGUACUGAUUCUGGCACUCUGUCUCACGCUCGUCAUAUUUGCCUGCAUGUCACCGAUUAAACGGUGCACUACCAAGCCGCUGCGCAUCGUUGAAACGGAUGGGCCCGCCCCGAUCUACGUUGCCGACGUACUGAUCAAUCGGCGCAUGGUGUCGGACAGUCCGUCCCAUCUGAGCUACGGUUCCGACACCACCAUGAACAUUGUGAUGGACGACGCCGGGUUUAGCGUGACCGCGUAAACGGUCUUCGCCCUGUCAAUGUGUCCCUCGUUCUUCCCGGGAAGGCUCUAGCAGGAUGAUGAUUGAAAGUGAUAUUAAAUGUUUAAGAUUAGUUGCGGGCGUACACUGCAGUAUUCCAUGUCUUAUGCCGCGCAACCUUCGAAUCGAAACCAAAUGUGCAACCUAAAUCACCUUACAAGUCAGGCAAUUUCGGGUACGCUUUCGCUUCGCAGAACUGUUCCCAGGCGUUCGGCAAGCAGCUCGAGCAACCACAGCCAGUUGUUCCGUCGAGUAGAAUUUGGAUGCCUGUAAGACAGAUUUCUGCGUUACGCAAUCCAUUCCUGUUCGCACGGGGUCUGUCAAUUCGUACAGUCCCAACCAGACGAAGAUAACUGGCGAUGUGUUUGUUUUAUACCAGUGACUACAAAGCCACGUGUAUCUAGUAUCCUAACGAGCUAGUAACUCCUAAAAGGAGCUCCAUUUUAAAGCACUACUGGACCGAACCACAGAUUUUUUUACAUCUACUCUGGCGAGCCUAACAUUACAAAGGGCAAAAUGUUAUAUUUUCCCCCGAGCGGCUUUUUUUUCUAGUGGAGAUUAUGCUGUACGGAACUUAUAUGUUAUUUGUAAGAGAUUUACACCCUAUUUAAGGA